AUGGCGGUGAAAACAGAGUCCAUGGCUCAAGCUUCAUCACUCAGGUACGACAAACAGGUGUUCUCGAGAUUUGAUCCAAAGAUUCCGAACGUGAUUAAAUGCUAUGGAGACAAGGAGACGAUCGGGUGUGAAGGUGAAAAGAUUUAUAACCUGUUUCUGGAGUUCUGCAGUGGAGGUAGUCAUUACGAUUAUAUCAAUAAGUCUUACUCUUCUUCUAACGGAUUGCUUGAGCAAGAAGCAAUGAAAUACACAAGAGACAUCGUCAAGGGGUUGUUUUACAUUCACGGGAAUGGGAUAGUUCACUGUGAUAUAAAACCUGGAAAUUACAUGCUGCUUGUUCCCGGAAGUGGUGGAGGAUUCACUGCAAAACUGGUGGACUUCGGGUUGGCGAAGAACAUGGACGACGAGGACAUGGAGGAAGAUUCUUACCGAGGAACGUCCUGGGAAUAUGAGACGAACGAGGAGAUUCUCCUGCAUAUUGGGUACACUAAAGAAGUUCUGAUUCUUCCGAGAAAUAUAUCGGAGAAUGCAAGGGAUUUCCUGUACAAGUGCUUCUUCAGAGAUUUUAUGCGGAGAUGGACGGCUGAAGAGUUGCUGGAGCAUCCUUUUCUUGCUUCUGUUGAUUCAUGA